AUGCCUUCGUUCGCCUACGCAUUCUUGCUGGCAAUCGGUCUGCUAGUAGCAAAGUUUCUCUAUGUUGGUCUUACCUGUCGGACGAAGCAUCUGCCAGGCCCCUGGUAUACUCGAUUCACACAUUAUCGGUUGAAGCGCGCAGUCGUAACAGGGCAGCGCAUCUUCUACAUCGACUCCCUGCACGAGCAAUAUGGACCCAUUGUACGAUUAUCGCCUAACGAGGUUGCCGUUGCCGACUUGGAUGCCUUCAAAGAGAUUCACAAGAUUGGCACCAAGUACAUGAAGAGCGAAUGGUACCUCCGCCUUGCGAACUUCCCCAAGGCCGGUGUGUUCACCAUGCUUGACCCACGUGAGCAUGGGCCGCGGAGGAAGCUGUUGUCUAGAUCUUUCAGCAGGACAUACCUUGUUGAGCAUUGGGAGUCUGUCGUCAGGGACAAGGCGCUCAUGGCUGUUACAAAGAUCAAGGCGGACGCUACGCAAGCGACAGCCGACGUGUACAACUGGUGGAUGCUUCUUGCCUCGGACGUCAGCGCUCACCUCGCAUUUGGCGACUCAUUCAACAUGCUGGAAUCAGGAGAGCAAAACCAAUUCAUGCGCGUGCUGAAGAAGCUGACAAUGGGCGCCGGCAUCAUGGUCGAGAUGCCAUUCCUCCGCCUCCUGCGCUUCGUACCAGUCCCAGCGAUCCAAGAGAUGUUCAACGCAAACGAGUUCAUCCUCGCCGGCGCAGGCAAAGCCGUCGAAACAGCACGGUCGCGCACCGGCGAAAACAACAUCUUCGCGAAAGUCAUCGAGGACUGCGAGAAGGAAGGAGAGGGCCACAUUGACGACAUGGACGUCAGAAUCGAAGCCAUGAACGUCAUCAUUGCAGGCACAGAUACGACAGGCGUGACCCUGACGUAUCUCACAUGGGCGGUGCUCCAACGACCGGAGCUGCAAGCGGCGCUUGAGGCUGAGACCGCGGCGCUAGCGCAUGACUUUACCGAAAACGAUCUCAUCAAACUUCCGCUGCUGAAUGCAGUCAUCGAAGAGACGCUGCGUCUCUACGGUGCGGCGCCAAGUAGUCUGCCGCGAGUGGUACCUCAAGGUGGUACCAAGUUUGCGGGUCACUACAUCCCACAAGGCGUCACGGUCGACACGCAAGCCUACACUUUGCAUCGCGACCCCAAGAUCUGGAGCGACCCUCUGAUUUUCAACCCACAGCGCUGGAUCGCAGACAAGGAAAUGGUGCCUGAAGCGCAAUCGCCUGAGGCGAAACUCGCUUUCCAUCCCUUCGGCGCUGGCGCGCGCUCCUGUAUCGGUAUCCAUCUCGCGCGCAUGGAACUGCGGUAUGCGACUGCAUUCUUCUUCCGCGAGUGCCGUGGUAUCCGGUUGGCGCCCAGCACGACGCCUGAGAGUAUGGAGUUUGAGAACUUCUUCCUCAUUGCGCCGAAAGCGCAUCGUUGUGAGAUCACUUAUAAGCGGGGGAAUUAG